AUGUCGGACGAUGACGAUUUCAUGCAGGCCUCUGAUGAGGAGAAGUAAGUCAGCCUAUAUGUUACCUGCUAGACCGGCACUGAUGAGUUUCGUAGCUAUGACUUCGAGUACGAAGACGACGAUGAUGCGGACCAGGGCGAUGAUGUCGAUGUGGAAAACAAGUACUACAACGCCAAACAAAUGAAGACAGACAACCCAGAGGAGGCGAUCGAGGAGUUCUUAGGCGUGCCGGCGCUGGAAGAAGAGAAGGGCGAUUGGGGGUUCAAAGGUCUGAAGCAGGCCAUCAAGUUGGAGUUCAAGCUGGGUCGCUACAACGAUGUCAGUAUUGGGAGACCCAUCUCGUGGACAGUACAACUGACGGUGGUGACAGGCCGUCAAACACUAUACGGAGCUUCUGACGUACGUCAAGUCCGCUGUAACUCGGAACUACUCGGAGAAAUCGAUCAAUAAUAUGCUUGACUUCAUCGAGAAGAAUGCGGAGGAUGCAGCUGCCAACGAGUGUAUGGAGCACUUCUACUCCAAGACACUCGAAUCCUUCCAGGCCACAAACAACGAGCGGUUAUGGCUCUCGACCAACACGAAGCUUGCACGUCUCUACCUCGCUCAAAAGGACUACGAACGUCUCACCGAGAAAGUCCGCGAACUGCACAAGGCAUGCCAGAAAGAAGACGGCACCGACGACCCAAGUAAAGGGACCUACUCCAUGGAAGCAUAUGCACUCGAGAUUCAAAUGUACGCUGAGACUAGGAAUAACAAGCGGCUGAAGGUAUGGCAAAUUCUCUUACGUGAAAUGCAUGCAAUGAGGCCAAGAGGACUCACUUGUGUAUCCAGGGACUGUAUCAGCGGGCGCUGCGGGUGCGCUCAGCAGUGCCUCACCCCAAGAUCAUGGGCGUCAUUCGAGAAUGCGGCGGAAAGAUGCACAUGAGUGAAGGUAAGCCACCGCGCAAGAAGCUGUCUUCCACGUGUUCCUGUAGGCUGAUGUUAUUUUCAGAGAACUGGGAGAGCGCACAGAGUGACUUCUUCGAGUCCUUCCGAAACUACGACGAGGCUGGCUCGCUGCAGCGGAUUCAGGUCCUGAAGUACCUUGUACUCACAACCAUGCUCAUGGGCUCGGACAUCAAUCCAUUCGACUCGCAGGAGACGAAGCCUUACAAGAACGAUCCUCGCAUUGCCGCCAUGACCGAAUUGGUCGACGCAUACCAACGCGACGACAUCCAUCAAUACGAAAACGUUCUCCAGCGUAACAAGGACCUCCUUGCAGAUCCCUUCAUCGCAGAGAACAUCGACGAGGUGACGCGAAACAUGCGCACAAAGGCUGUUGUCAAGCUCGUAGCACCCUACACACGCUUCCGACUGGACUUCAUCGCCAAGCGGCUGAACAUCUCGAUACCCGAGGUCCAGGAUAUUGUGGGCUUCCUGAUCAUGGACAAGAAGCUGCGUGGCAAGAUCAACCAGGAUGCGGGAACGGUGGAGAUCGAGAGCCGCGCCGAUCUGGAUCGUAUGCACGCGGUGGCGGACUGGACUGCGGCUAUUCGAUCAUUGGCUUCCUUUGUUCUCAACGAGGGAGAGGGGUUCAAGACUGAUGAGGGAGGUGGUGGCGCACCCGUGGGAGGCGGUAGUGGAGGCAGCGGGAGCAUGCCGAUGGCUUCUGGGUUGGGUCCCUCGACACCGGAUCUGCCUGGCCUUGAAUCGUUUACCGGGGGACGGGGCGGGAAGAAGAAACCUGCGCGGACAGGCAGAUGA